AUGUCCGCAAGUGCUGGUGGCGGCAAGCCGUGGGCGGCGGCUUCCGCCCGGUCGCUGGCCCGGCGCCUGCGGCGAGAGCGGCAGGCGGAGCGGGGCUGGUCUCGUGCGGCCGCGCUGUCACGCCGCACGAAAGCGCUCAGGGCCUCGCUCGACGUCCACUGGCGCCUUGGUGACGCCGUAGGCUGCUACCUCCCCACGCUCGGCGAGGAGGUGGCGGCCGCGCGGUUGAUCGGUUGCGACCCUGCCCUCCUCGCCGAGGCGGACGCGGCGCUGGUGGAGGGCAACUCCGCACGCCACGCGCCGCCGCCUGGCGCGGCGAGAGGGCUUGUUAAGAUGCCUGACGGGCUGGUGGCUCGGGCGCUCGAGCGCCUGCUGGAGGGUGCUGCGCCGCCCUUUCGUCGCGACGCCGAGCCGUUCGUCCCAGCUGGUGUCAGGCUGGCCUCCACGUUGCUGUGCGAGCUCGGCGUGGAGCAGGUCGCGUGCAAUCCCAGCGUCGUCCCGCCUGUGCAGGUCCACUCCCACGUCGUGGUGGACGUGGAGCCCCUUCGCGAUGCCGCUGGCGCGGACGACGCCUCUGUGCCAGAGGACUCGCAGUUGGUGGUCAAUCUCGGCAUGUCGGCUGAGGAUGUGAUGGACCCACUCGUUGCGUGCAGUGCCAAGCCGCUGGAGGAGGUUCGGGAAGAUCCCGACGUGCAGGCCUCCAGCGAAGUGAUGAGCACAGCAAUAGUGUCCAAGGUGAUGGUGACAUUGGCGUGGUGUUCUCCGACGGUGAGCCUGCUGACGACCCUGGCGGAGGUCCUCAUGGUAGUGAUUGCGUUGCCCUCGGCUCCGAGGGCGAGCCUGCUGAUGAGCGUGGCGGACAUGGUGCUGAAGAUGGCGUGGCCCUCGGACAUCGUUGUGGUGAUGCUGAUGUUCCUGGUUCAGCAGCAGGACGCUGGCGCCGUGGUCCACGAGGGCGACCUCAUCGUGUGGCAACUCGAGCAGAUCGAGGACAGCAUCCAGUCCGAGGCCCACCUCAUGGAGUGCGAGACGGAGGUCCAGGAGGCCAUCGACAAGAUGAUCGACCAGGGCCUCGUCUCCCCGCCUGCUCGCUGCUAG